CUCGAUGAUAGAGUCACACUGGUGAUAAACUCUGGCCGCGGCAUUGGCGCCAAAGUUGUCGUCAACUAUACCCACUCAGAAGCCUUGACACUGAACGUUGUCACAAAUAUUAAGGAACUUGGAUCAGAUGCUGUUGCACCGCGAGCAGAUGUCAGAAAUGUCGCGAAAACGACCAAGCUCAUGGAUGAGGCUGUUGCUCGCUUCUGA